ACUGCCUCAAGUUCAUCCCGGGAGUACAGGUGGUUUCAUCAGGGAACACCUUGCACUUCAUGUUCAUGGCGAGGCAUCUGCCGGCGCAAAGCCCCACUGCCUCAAGUUCAUCCCGGGAGUACAGGUGGUUUCAUCAGGGAACACCUUGCACUUCAUGUUCAUGGCGAGGCAUCUGCCGGCGCAAAGCCCCACUGCCUCAAGUUCAUCCCGGGAGUACAGGUGGUUUCAUCAGGGAACACCUUGCACUUCAUGUUCAUGGCGAGGCAUCUGCCGGCGCAAAGCCCCACUGCCUCAAGUUCAUCCCGGGAGUACAGCGUGCAGUGUGGCACGGUGCGCAGGUGCUGGGGCCGGGCGAGACGCGCGACUUCCCCUCGAGCCAGGCCGCGCACGCCUCUCCGCUCUGCAAGCUGCUGUUCCGCAUCGAGGGGGUCAAGUCGGCGUUCCUCGGGCCCGACUUCAUCACUGUCUGCAAGGCGGACGAAGACGUGGACUGGAAGAUCCUGAACCCAGAGAUCUUCGCAACCAUAAUGGACUUCUUCGCAAGCGGCCUGCCCAUCAUCACGGAUGAGAAGGCACCUUCGGACACCGAGGCACGGGAGGACGACGAUGAGACGGUGCAGAUGAUCAAGGAGCUGCUGGACUCGCGGAUACGCCCCACCGUGCAGGAGGACGGCGGAGACAUCGUGUACGUGGGCUUCGAGCACGGCGUGGUGAAGCUGAAGAUGCAGGGCUCGUGCACCGGCUGCCCCAGCUCCGCGGUCACGCUCAAGAACGGCAUCCAGAACAUGCUGCAGUUCUACAUCCCCGAGGUUUUGGGUGUGGAGCAAGUAGAGGAUGAAGUGCAAAUAAUCACUAAGAAAGAAUUUGAGGAAAUGGAAAGAAAACUGCAGCAAACCCAGAAGGAACCUUCUCCCCACUAGGUACAAAAUGUCUCAGUUGUGCCUUUUAGCUCUAAAAUGUCUCAAGCAGUUAGGACAUUAAUAACACCUGUUCAUUCACUGUGUGCGCAACAGACUGUAUAUUGUGUUAAUAAAGUGUUUUUGUGUUAA